AUGGAGCCCUCGCGCUGGUCCACCCAUCCAUUCUAUGCCCUGGUCAUCGCCAUCAUCGCCUGCGGGAGCAUUCCGAAAGGUUACGACGAGGGCGGCUUCAGCGCCAGCGUCAAGCUCGACUCCUUCAAAUCCGACUUUAAUCUACUCGCCUCCAACUGGACGCAUGAUGAGACCGGUCUGGCCAACCGCACCGCCAAUAUCACCUCGUUCAACGUCUUGGGGGCGGCGUUUGGCGCGCUGUGCGCCCUGGACCUGAACGACCGCCUGGGCCGCAUACGAUCAUGGCGUUUGGCCUGUCUGGUUUGGGCGUCUGGUCUUUUAAUUCAGAUCUUUUCUUCCGGCAACUACGGUUUACUGCUUUUUUCUCGAAUUUGGGGAGGUCUGGGGGCUGGUUCCCUCACUGUGGUCACCCCACUGUAUCUGUCCGAGAUCGCCCCUGCAAAAACCCGCGGCCUCGUGGUCAGCAUGUAUAUGGUGGUAUUACUGGCCGUGCUGACCUUAGGGACCCCCACUCACUAUGCGACAGGCUUCUUCAUCAACUACGCUGCCAGCGCGCACAUGGCGCCCACCCGCACACAGUACCGCCUGGUGCAGGCCAUCCCGCUCAUCCCCGUGGGGAUCGCCUUCUGCGCCUCGUACAUCGCCCCUGAAACCCCGCGGUACCUCGUCUCACAACAGCGUCAUGCCGAGGGACGCGCAAUUCUUGCCCGCCUGCGCGGUAAAGACCCGUGCGACCCGGCCGUGGACGACGAGUUCACGACGAUCGACGCGCAGGUGCGCGCGCGCGCCGCAGACCUCGUGUCCGUAUCGCAUUGGCAGGCGUUCAAGGAGACGCAGACCAACGCCAACUACCGCCAGCGCUUCUGGCUGUUGAUGGUAAUGCAGACGAUCGGACAGUGGACUGGCGGCAACGGCAUCACGUACUACAUCGCCACCAUCUUCGAGUAUGCGGGCAUCUCCGGGACGCGCCAGUCGCUGAUCUCGUCCGGCGCGUACGGCGUCGUGAAGCUGGUCUUCACCAUGGCGUUUACCUGGGGCCUGAUUGAUAUCGUGGGACGGCGGCGCUGCGCGCUGAUCGGACUCGCUCUCCAGCUAGCAGCGCACAUCUACAUGGGCGCAUACAUGGGGCUCCAGCCGGGCAGUAGUGCGAAUCGGUCGGCAAGCGAUGCCGCCAUCGCGUCGGUGUUUGUGUACGCCGUGGGCUGGUCGGUUGGUCUGUGCACGAUUCCGUAUCUGUACGGCGCUGAGAUCUUCCCCACGCGCGUGCGCAAUGUCAGUUAUGCGGUGAGCAUGUCGUUGCAUUGGUUCUUCCAGUUUGCGGUCGUGCGGGUCACGCCGAAUAUGUUCGUCUCGCUGCAUGUCUGGGGCGCGUAUCUGUUCUGGUCAAUCGUGUGUGUGCUGGGGCUGGUGAUCCUCGGCGUCUGGAUGCCCGAGACCAAGGGCGUGCCCAUCGAGUAUAUGGGCGAGCUGUUUGAGGGGCCGUGGUAUCUCCGCUGGCGGGCAACGGUGUCGUCUGGCCCCUGGGCGACAGGAUCGCCGACUCUGACGGUGUCUGCCUGUGGACCGGACGGAAAGACGAGGACGGAUAGCUUGACUUAG